CAUCUUGACACCGCCCCCCCCCCCACUCCUAACCCGGAAAUAAAACUGCGCUGUUUGUAUGUAGCUGGUUUGUAGGUGGCGCUUCGGUUAUUUUAAUGGCGUAGUUACAGAAAAGAGUCUCCUCAACUUCGACACAUAAUGGAUGAAAUGUAUGUCAAGCCAGGUAACCAGGAGCGAGGAUGGAACGACCCCCCUCAAUUCUCCUACGGUCUCCAGACGGCCCGCACCCCACAGAAGAACCUUCUGAACAAGAGGCCCACGCUGCCAGAUGCCGCCGCCCUUCCUACGACUCUUCCUUUGGCCCCCUCGGGUCCGCCGCCUUGUGGCUUGGCCCCUCCUCCUGCAGGUUGCGCGCCCGCCUGGAAGGCCAUGCCUCCCGAGGGCGCCGCAGGACGCAUUGGGGGCAUCGAGGACCCUGGCCAAUCUGAGGCCGAGCCCAACUUGGAGGACGUGGUCGAGGUUCUGGAGCGGGUGCUGGCCAGGUGCAGGCUGGACGUGGCGCCCCAGGUGUGUAACGACAUGGAAAAGAGACUCCGCCUCUUCAAGGACAGCUGGACAUCGGGUCGACUGAGUCUUCCUGUGAGGAGACGCAUGAGCGCCUUGUCUCAAGAAUUGCAGGCGGGACACUGGGACCAGGCUGACGAGAUCCAUCGCUCGCUAAUGGUGGAUUACGUGACCGAAGUCAGCCAAUGGAUGGUCGGCGUGAAGCGACUGAUCGCCGAAAGCCGCGGCCCUGAGCGUUAGCGGAGGCGCUGUAUACAUCCCGAGGCACGUCAGACGGCAACGACUCCUGUUAGUCGUGACCUUUGAACUUUUCAAGGUAACGGGAAGAGAAUGAGGGAGAAUGCUGUUGCCAUAGCAACCAUCCAGCAGCUGACCAAUUGGAGAGCGUCGUCGCCAAGGAAGCUAAACGUUGUUUGUCUAUCUGGACGAUUGCUUUAAAAAUAAUACAUCCAUCUGGACGCUUGACUUGAUGAUAAUAAUACAUGUCUAUGAUGAUGUCAUGAU